AGGUUUCAGCUGAGACCAGGUCUGCCCCGCCCCGGAUAUGACGUCACACGGCAGCGAUGCACUGCGGGGCGACGUUUAGCAAAGAAUAAAGCGAAUAAACAAGAUAACUCCACUAAAUCUUAUUGUUGUCAGUCAAAGUAAGUUAUUGUGUACCUACCGAUCAGUGUAAACCACACCAUCUCUUAUAUUCUCAGUUUCUCGGCUGAAUAUGAGCGACACGCGGGGUCAACCGGUGACUGCUGCGGGAUGACGACCCGCAGAGAGAGGGCGACAGGCACCGCAACACAAGCGUCGUUUGGGGCUUUUCUUAAACCAUCGCUACCCAUUCAAGGCCAUAAAGAGGACAUGGACACAGACAGUGAACAUUUCUGCUUUGUGGAAGUGGCUCUGGAGGACGGGGACUCUGACACCUUUACCGUGGUGAACGAAUUUGGUAUUAAUUCUGCUAUUAAUGGCAUCCCAGAAGGUGCACAAGGACUUCCAGUAGAGCAAAUAACACAUGAAGGGGCGAGUGAUGAACCCCCUGUAAAACGUAGACGGAAUAAACGCAGCUUGAUUUGGAGGCACUAUGAGGAACUGGACAGUUUGGCUGCUGCUCGCUGCCGCAUUUGCAUGAAGUUACAGUCCUUUGAAGGCGGCAGCACCAGCAACCUGCACCGACACAUGUCGAAGAGACACCCGGAGGUGUUUUCUCAGCUAGCAGCAGACCGGCAUCACCCACCACCAGCCCACUCAUCACAGAGCUCAGAUACUAAAGUGGAAGUGGUUUUGGAGGAUGGAGACCCCUUUAACUCUACCAUGAAUGGCAUCCUGGAAUGUGCACAAGGACGUCCAGCAGAACAAAUGAGACAUGAAGAGGCGAGUGAUGACCACCCUGUAAAACGUAGACGGAGUAAACGCAGCUUGAUUUGGAGGCACUACGAGCAGCUGGACAGUUUGGCUGCUGCUCGCUGCUGCAUUUGCCUGAAGAAGUUACAGUACUUUGAAGGCGGCAGCACCAGCAACUUGCAUCGACACAUGUCAAAGAGACACCCGGAGGUGUUUUCUCAGCUACUGGCAGACGGGCAGCACCCACCACCACCACCCCACUCAUCACAGAGCUCAGAUGUUAAUGGUGACACAUUGAUGCAACCGGAGAACGUUGGGGCGACAGAGAAGCAGAGACAGUUUUCUGGUUUGUUAAAAGUUUCAAAAGCGUCUGAAGGAGAAAAGCGAGUGUUCAGGAGAGAGCGGGAGCUGAUAGAAGCUCUGAGGCGAGCGCAGAGAGAGGAGGCCCGAGCUCUGGAGCAUCAGAGGGAGCUGCUGGAGAAGCUGCGUGCAGUGAAUGCCCGAGAGACAGCUGCAGAGAGGGAGCAGAUUGAGUCACUGAGGACAGCACAGCUGGAGGAAGCCAAAUACUUGAUUAGACAGAGAGAAGAGGUGCAGAAGGAAAAGACAGAGCUGCUGAAAAAACGUAAAGAGCUUCAGCAGGAACGAGAAGAACUUGUCUUGUUUUCCAGCAGACAGCAAGCCUCCUGAGUUGCGUUUCCGACCUUUCUGAUUUCAGAUAUUCUAUAAAGGCUUUGGGACUAAUUCAAACAAAUGUUGAUGUAAAAAAUGUAAAUCCACUUUUAUUAAAAAAUAUUUUGCAAACAGUCAGUGGACAGUUGUUGUUUUUUCUGUCACAUCUGUGUUGCGCUGCUUCAU